AUGCCGGUUUCUUACUUGACUAAUCCAUUUGAUGAGCCCACAGAUCCAACAAAAUUACCUACUUAUGGUAGUCCUACUGCUGCGAUUUCGUCUGUUCUGUACAAUAAUUUGAAGACGAUUUUUAGCUACAAGACUUUCUCUGAACCAGAUUUACUGGAUGUCAGUUUGAAAAAAUGGAUCAAGAGAAGUACCAAUGACGUUUACUUCCAAGAAGUGGAUCUUAGAGUAGGUGCAGGUCUGGCACCUUUGGGAUAUUCUCGUAAUUCAUCUGAUGUUACUGGUAUUGUGGCUCCAGGCUAUGCUUUACCAUAUUUUGUUGAUUCUUUCCAACAAGCCAAGGGAAGUGAAAGCUCUUUCUUGUUCAAUGUCGGUUCUUUGAACUAUGACGAAAAGACCGGAGCCAUUGGAAGUGAUUACGUUACACCAUUGGAAGCCGCAGUCAAGUUGGGGUUCCCUGUGGUGACUCCAGUCUCUUCAGAUGAAGCUCAGUCUGUCGCUCUUUUGGCUCUAGCUUUGGCAAAGUUUGGUCAGAAGAAGGGUGCGAUUAACUUGUUUGAUGGUGUCAGCUACGCCAAGUCGAUCUCUGAAAUCAGAGAAAAGCUGCCACAGAAAGAAUCGUUGACCAAAAUAGAGAAAUUGUUGCCUGUAGAUGCCUCCUUCGAAGAUGUCUUGGAUACUUUCAACGAGACAACCGGGUUGAAAUUGCACAACUUUCAUUAUACCGGUGCUGUUGAUGCCGAAACCGUCUUUGUCACUUAUGGUUCUCUUGAGAGCCAGUUAUUCAAUGAUGCCUUGGAAGCUAACGACUCUAAGACAGCUUUAGUCUCCGUUCGUGUACCUCUACCAUUUGACAUGGAAAGAUUUGCUGCCCAGAUUCCAAAGACUGCCAAGAGAGUUGUGGUCAUUGGUCAAUCCCUGGACGGCACUGCUCCUUCUUUGUUGAAGAGACAAGUUUCUGCUGCCUUAUUUUACCACGGCAACUACUCAGUAAACGUCUCUGAAUACAUUUUUCAACCAAACUUCAUCUGGUCGCCAGCUGCAGUUGAGCAAGUUGUUGCCGGUUUCGUGCCAAAUUCCAACUUCAACGAGGAAAAGUCUGAGGCCAAAAGUUUCAUCUACUGGUCUUCUGAUAAGAGUGCCAACAUCGAUUUGUCUUCCCGACUCGUUCAUGCUUUGUCAUUGAUUGACGGUCAAACAGUUUCUUUGAGAACGAAAUUUGAUAACAUCACGAACGCUGGUACUUUCCAGGCUCAGUUUACUGUUGCGCCAGCCUCUAACAGAACCACCGUAUCGAACAUCGACCAAGCAGAUGUCGCAAUCGUAGAAAACAUUGCCCUGUUGGACUCUUUGCAAGUGGCUGCUACUGUCAAGGAACAAGGUACCAUCUUGGUUAUUUCUCAAAAAUCCUUGAAUGACCAAGAUAUGAAAUGUGGUGAAACUUACGUGAAGACCUUAGGUAUCAACGAGUCUUUUUUCAAGGCCGUUGCUGAAAGAAAGAUAAAAGUUGUGAUCAUCGAUGCCGAGACAAUUGGUGACAGAGAAGAGACUAGAGGUCGUACAUUAUCUUUCGUCACUCAGGCUGUAUUCUGGAAAUAUGCCUUUGGCCAUGACGUUGCUGAAAGUGUUCGCCGUAUUUGGAGCUCUGCUGGCCCAGAUAUUGAAUUGCUUGCUGCUGUUUUGUCUGAUACCAUCACAACCGCUUUGGAAAAUGGCGUCAAAGAGGUCCCUGCUGAAGCUUUCAAUGACAUUAUUAAGGACGUGAAAGAGACUGAAAAGAAAGAAGAACCGAUUUUGGAGUUGCCAAUCUUCGUGACAGAGACAUCUUUUGGUCCAAACACAAGUCAAAUUGAAGAAGUUCCAGAAGCUGAAGUCGGUAAAAUUACAGACAUUACAAAGAAGCUGGUUUUCAGCGAAGCUUAUGGCGUGGAUAGAAAAUUGAGACCAGACUUACCUGUCAAGAACUAUGUUGUCAAGGUUAAGGAGAACAGACGUGUUACUCCAUCUGACUACGACAGAUAUAUCUUCCACAUUGAAUUCGACAUUAGUGGAACAGGUAUGACAUACGACAUUGGUGAAGCACUUGGUGUUCAUGCCAGAAACAACGAGGCUCAAGUCAAAAAGUUCUUGGCUACGUAUGGUUUGAACGAGAACGAUAUCGUUUUGGUUCCAAACAAGGAUGACUCCGGUGUUUUGGAAUCAAGAACCGUCUUGCAAGCAUUUGUCGAGAAUUUGGACAUCUUUGGUAAACCACCCAAGAAAUUCUACGAGUCCUUGAUCGAGUUUGCAACUAACGAGGAUGAAAAGAAGAAAUUGGAAGAUCUAGUCUCAGCUACUGGUGCUGUGGAAUUAAAGAGAUUCCAAGACGUCGAGUACUAUAGCUAUGCUGAUGUUUUCGAGCUUUUCCCUUCUGUUAGACCACAAUUGGAAGAUCUCGUUACGAUUAUCGCACCUUUGAAAAGGAGAGAGUACUCUAUCGCUUCUUCUCAGAAGGUUCACAAGAACGAAGUCCAUUUGCUAAUCGUUGUUGUUGACUGGGUGGACAACAAAGGUAGAAAGAGAUUUGGGCAAGCUUCCAAAUACCUAUCCGAUUUGGCCGUUGGCUCGGAGCUCGUUGUUAGCGUGAAGCCUUCUGUCAUGAAACUCCCACCAAAUCCUGAACAACCAGUCAUCAUGAGUGGGUUGGGAACCGGUUUAGCUCCAUUCAAGGCUAUCGUCGAAGAGAAAUUGUGGCAAAAGCAACAAGGGUACGAUAUUGGUCAAGUCUUCUUGUACCUGGGUUCUAGACACAAAAGAGAAGAGUACUUGUAUGGUGAACUAUGGGAGGCGUACAAAGACGCUGGUAUCAUAACCCACAUUGGUGCCGCUUUCUCUAGAGAUCAACCUCAGAAGAUCUACAUUCAAGAUAGAAUCAAGGAAAACCUGAAGGAAUUGAAGGUUGCUAUGAUUGAUCAAGUUGGCUCCUUUUACUUGUGUGGUCCAACAUGGCCCGUCCCUGAUAUUACGCAAGCAUUGCAAGAUAUCUUGGCAGCUGACGCUAAGGAAAGAGGUGUGAAGAUCGACUUGGAUGCCGAGAUCGAAGAGUUGAAGGAAACUUCUAGAUAUAUAUUGGAAGUUUAUUAG